AUGGCCCAAACGACUACCACCACAAACCCGGCUUUUGGUGGUCCAACGCCUGUCUCCAACGUCUCACACCCAGACCAGACCUCCAGCACGUUGGCUGGAGUGCUGGCAUCGUGUUCCAUCUCGCCCAACACCAAAGACCACUCCAGUCUGGCGCUACCCCCGUUUUCAUUCUCCAAGCGCCCAGUUGAUGAAUACUUGAACAAAUCCAGAAGCUCUGCCUGCAGCGAUGCCGACAUCAAGUCCACCUUCCACUCGCACAUAUCAGACAUCAUCCCGUCGUCCACUCGCAAAAACACCACCAGAAGUUCGGGUGACUCAGGCACUCCUGACAAGUUCAGAGACAUCAACUAUGACGAGCAGAUCAGGUUUCCCCAGAUGAACAACAUGAACUGCUACACCUACGUUGGGGGUUCUCGACGCUCCAGCCGUCCUUCAUACGGCAGCAGCGUCAGCGAUAGAAGUGUCAAGAGCUCGGAAUCAGCUAAGAAACAACCUACCGACCAGAAGAAGGAGGGCAAAGAAAAGGAGACCACCAACCGCAACUACCGUCCUGCCACCUUCGACCUCUCCCAGCCGCUUAGACGGUUCUCGAUUCCUGUGGAGAAGGAGUGCAACUUUUCCAACAUGGCCAUCGACGCUAGCGACUCGCUGAACGAAUACUCCAAGCUCCUUAAGGAGUAUAUUGUGAACAACUACAUCUAUGAGAAGAACGUAGAGCAGGCCCAGCUAAGUCGCAAUAUCAGCAACUACAUCACGGAGCACGGACUCAAAGAGCCUCCCUCAGAAGCACUUUUGAACAAGAUGCAACCGUUUUCGUCAGUGUUUCCCAGGAUGAAGAACCCAACCGCACCCGUCGAUCCAGCCAGCCGAAUCCCAUUAAAACCCACCAGAACACCAUCGUCCACCUCGUCAAACUCCACCAAUUCCGGCUCCACCUCAGACACAGCUUCCACGGGACAGACCGUCAGUGCCACGGGCUUCAACCACUUGUACCAACUAAAGAAACCGUUGAGCACUCCUGCAGUUCUCAGGCCCAUGGUUUCGACAAAUGGGUUGGCCAGCACGGUGCCAUCUUCCCCUUCAUCCAGCGCUGAUGACACAAAGUCGCCAAAGAGGAACAGCGGCAGCACACCCAUGAACAACUCCAUCUAUACCAUUACCUCACCCACGAUUGCCGAGGGCUUUAACGACGCGGAGUAUGUUGAGGAAGACGAAAACUCCAUCAACGAUACAGACCUGGAACGGGUUGCUCCGCAGGCGUUCGACAUCGAACCCACGCACACCCACUGGAAGCCCAACACAUACUCAAGCCAUUGCAUGCAAUGCUUCAAGACAUUUGGUAAUUCAAUUCUCUCAUUAUUUUACACGUUUUUUGACGGAAAGAAAGACUCAGAGCUCGAUGGCAGGGGUACCCAAACUUCAGUGCCCCACGUCUUGAAAGCCAGCGGCUCGGGUCUCGCGGGACCUACCAGACGCCACCAUUGUCGGUUUUGCGGGUUUAUCUACUGCGACACCUGUUUGAUCCAGAACGACCAGGACGAGGCCUCCAAAUUCAAUGUUACCACCCGGAUAUACGCCACUCCGCGUGGCAAGUUCAUGGGAAGUGGCAUCCUUUUGGACCAAAACGCCCGGUUUGUCGUUCCCAUCUACCGCAACUUGGAGGCUAGCGACGCAGCUCAGAUGUCGUUGAUCACAGAUCCCGAGAACUACAAGCUCUUCAAAAUCUGCAAGAACUGUGGCGAGAUCUACAAGAACUUGGUCCUCGACCUCAACAAGUCGGCCAACGACGCAGAUCCCGAAUCCGACACACUCCAGAAGUUUCCUUACGUGUUCAUCGAGAAUCCCUACGUCAAUGCGUUGAAAGGCGAGCGGAUACGGCCACAACUGCGCCGGCGUCCACUGAAUCAGCCGGUUGUGGUUGAGUCGUCAUACCUGGCUGCGAAAAUCGACACCCACGGGGGAUUUAGCCGCAAGAACUCGGUCAACGAAGUACCCUCGGACUGGACCUGGAGUUCGUUUUAG